UCAGCUGGUAUUAACAAAUGACUCUCGUUUUCUCGCGAUGACUGCCUUUGCUUAUUUCUGUUAGUCACCGGUUUGCCUUAUGAGCGCGAACUGCAUUAGUGUAUGGCGAAAUGGUGUUUUACACGUGUUAUUGCGGCCACCCCCAUUCAAACCGUGCCGUUUUUGCCCCUAGAAGAGUCAGCAAAGUGCAAUUUUGAGUGGAUUUUGGCUGUGCGGCAUUCGUACGGUUUUUCAGUGUUUGUGAUUUUUUACGUGGAUUUUUUCUGGUUUUUUUACAUGGUUUGGAAAAUCUAUUUCGCUUUAAUCGGAUUUGCUACUUACUGUCAGUAAGAUGGACUCUGAUGUGUCCCUGCACCCAAAAUCAGUGGACAAAGUGAGUGUGGAGCCGCUCCACCAGCCCCUGCCUACGAUGCCUUCGAAAAGCGGCUCGUCGUCGACGAUCUCGCUCUCGGACGAGAGCGACAUCGAGCCCGACGAGCUGGUGUCGACAAUCAACCACAACACGGAGUCCUCGAUGGCGGCCCUCGCCGGCGAAGAGCGCGACUUCGGCAGCUCGAUGUUCUUCAAGCGCUACUUCCAGAACCACAGCAACACGCUGCCUUCGCGCGUGGCCGUCUCGUCGCGGCGGCUGUCGCAGUGCCGCGAGGAGGACGAGGACGAGGAGAAAAAAGACUUGAAAGAACAAGUGCCUUCCAACAGCAACAUGUCGACCAUCUCCGGGAGCGACAAAAGUCUGUCGGAGUCGUCGAGCGGGUCGAAAACGUCUGUGAUCGAUACUGUUAGUGGACCUACUCAUAAGUUCGUGAUUACAAAGACUAAGCAGCCCUCGGAGGCGGCGAAGAUCUUCGCCAAUAGGCUGCACUACAGGCAGGCGAACACAGUGCACGCGAUCCCCUCGCACGACUCCAAGAGGCCCUCGGUUUACAACAUCUUCAGGACCUCGCUGCCUUCGCCGCAUUAUGAUACCAGGUUUUUUGACUCGUCGCUUAUUGAAAUGAAGAGUGAGAACUCGAGCAGUUCCACCAUCGAUUGCACGGGCAGUGCGGAGGAUAUUUGGGUGAAAAGAUCGCCCACUGAAUUGAAAAAGGAACUGGGUUCCCAGCCCCUCCCGACCAUCACCAGCGACGAUGUCGACACCCAGUCCAUGCCCAGGCCCCGCUCUGGAACGUGGGGCUCUAAAUCAGACAGCAAACAGAAGAGCAAAGACAAAUCGAAAGACGGUAAAAGCAAGCAGGGUAAAGAACACAAAAGCGAGGGCAAGAAGGAGAAGAAGAAGGACAAACAUUCGGGAACUCGGAGCGGGUCAGCGUCCAGGUCGAAUUCGGCCGAACGGAGGAAGUCCGAAGAUGUGCAAAGUCCCAAGAAAGCGGGAAUGUUGGACGCCUUCAGGACCAGGUCGAACUCAGACGCGAGCAAGAAGAAGGGAAGUGCUUUUAUGGCGUCCAUGAAGAGUGCCAUGCUGCAUACAGGUUUGAUGCAUGCACGUCCGAAGGCACCACGGGAUGGGUCUGCCCAUCCAGUCCGUGAUGAUGGUUCCCACACCCAAUAUUACCACACCGUUACCGCAGCUUCUUCCAAUAGGAGCCCCAUGACCAAAGUGAUGGAUAUCUUCAGGAAUCGGUCGCACGCAAGUGUACCACCGGAGGAUAGACGAAAGAAAGCGGCCCAACAACUGUCCGGGGCGCAUUUGAGGCAGAGAUCUUUAGAUACUGAAAGACGGCGGCAAUCUCUCGGAACUAUCAUUCCUCACAGGGCUUCAGACGCUUUCCUCGACCCUUAUCAUGCUGCGAUUCUUUUCAGGGAUGCAAGAGGGUUACCAGUCGUCGAUCCGUUCCUAGAAAAAGUCAAUAUAUCGGAUUUAGAAGAGGAUGAAUCUCAAAUAUUCGUCAAAUUCUUCAAGUUCCACAAGUGCUAUGAUCUCAUUCCCACCUCCGCCAAGUUGGUCGUCUUCGACACGCAGCUGCUGGUCAAGAAGGCCUUCUUCGCUCUGGUCUACAACGGUGUCCGAGCGGCGCCGCUGUGGGACAGCAGCCAGCAAGAGUUCGUCGGCAUGCUGACCAUCACCGACUUUAUAAAAAUCCUGCGAAUGUACUACAAGUCGCCAACGGUGGCGAUGGACGAGCUUGAGGAGCACAAACUGGACACUUGGCGGCACGUGUUGAAGGAUCAGCGUCCUCUUAUCUACAUCAGUCCUGACGCUUCGCUCUACGAUGCAAUCCGCACUCUUAUCCACAACAGAAUCCACAGAUUACCGGUGAUCGAUCCGGAGACGGGGAACGUCCUCUACAUCCUAACCCACAAGAGGAUACUCCGAUUUUUGUUCUUAUACAUUAACGAACUUCCGAAACCUAGUUAUAUGAACAAAACGCUGCGAGAUGUGAGGAUCGGUAGUUACGAGAAUAUCGAAACAGCAACGGAGGACACGUCGAUUAUUUUAGCUUUGAAGAAGUUCGUCGAGAGGCGAGUCUCGGCACUGCCUCUUGUAGAUAACGAAGGUCGGCUUGUUGAUAUUUACGCUAAAUUUGACGUUAUUAAUUUAGCCGCUGAAAAGACUUAUAAUGAUCUAGACGUUUCGUUAAAGAAAGCUAAUGAGCACCGGAACGAAUGGUUUGAAGGUGUGCAUAAAUGUAAGCUCGACGAGACGUUGUUUACGAUUAUGGACAAGAUUGUCAAAGCAGAGGUGCAUAGGCUCGUGGUUGUUGACGACGACGACAAAGUUAUAGGAAUAAUAUCCCUGUCUGAUCUAUUCCUUUACCUGGUGUUGCGACCUUGCGGCGAAGACGGUUCUCCCGACGGUGUGGCUUCGGUGAGGGCGCAAGACAUAAAACUGCAGGAGACGAUUUCGCAGUCGGAGAGGACGUCCUCCACUGAAGAAGUGUCGCAAACAAUCCCCGAAGAGGAGGAAGACCCGACCGUAGAGAAAAAUACUCAAGAAGAAAAAAGCGAAAACCAUAAAGAUGAUUCCGACACGAGUCUGCCCGAUUCUCCCGUCAUCGAAAGUACGACGUCGUUACCGAGCGAGAACAGCAUGUUCAGAGAGGUGACGGUGACGGGAGGCGGUGAAUAAUUUUGUUUUUAUUUUCUGGGUGAUUAGUAUUUAAGAUGUGACGGUUCAUGUUAGUUUUGAGCCGGUCCUGGAUUGUUUCUUUGUUACGGGACGUUGGUCGUUUGUUAGUCGACAAUGUCUGUUACUUUGUGAUCGCUUGUCCUAAAUUUACAAGGGACUAUAAUAUUUUUAAGAAAUUUGUACUUAAUAAGUUACAUACCAAAGACUGCUUUACGUCAUGCCGAGUGACGGGUGGAAGAAACAAUUCAGAUAUCAACUAACUCAUGGUGUGCUUUAUUUAUUUGUAUAAUACACUACACUUAUUUUUUGUCAGAUAGUGCUGUAAAAAGAGAUAAAAUGGUUAACAUGUUAUUGUUACAACUAUAUCCUAUAAUGUAAAAUUACUCAAUUUAGCUUCACGGAACAGUGCUUUGAUGACAUUGAAGAUGAAAGUCGGGAGGAAUAUAAAUUGUUUAAACAUAGUAACAAAGAAGCCUUAUAUUUCGUACAAUAGAGGAUUUGUGCUUAAUGUUAUCAAAGCAGAAAAACCUCAAAUUAACACUUUUUUGUAAAUACUGAAGAAUGGUGGAUUAUAUUUUUAAUAUUGUGUGGAUUUUUUAAUUUCAGAGCUGAAGGAAAAGUAUCUUGAUGAGAUCUACAAUUUUUAAAUUUUAUAUAUAAAAAUUAAGAUAAUGUACAGUUCGAAAUAAAUGAUUUAAAGUGAGGUUCACUCAAAGUUGGUAUUUGCUAAUUUAUUGUUAAGGUAGUUUAAGAUAUACAACGAUGUAGUUACAUAAUAUUUAGUUAGCUAGGCUCAUGGCCUAUACGAUGCUUAGUAAACGUGUAUCUACCAUAA